AUGAGUACGGUUCACAUCAAGUCGCCGGCGGAGUUCCAGAAGCUCCUGUCGAGCUCCCGCAUAGUCGUCGCCGACUUCUACGCCGACUGGUGCGGUCCCUGCAAGGCCAUUGCUCCCCUCUACGAGCAGCUCUCGUCCUCCCUGUCACGCAAAGACGUCGUGACCUUCGUCAAGAUCGACGUCGAGGCCCAGAAGGAUAUCGCCAGCACCUACGAUGUCACCUCCCUCCCGACCUUCAUGGUCUUCCGCGAAGGCAAGGCCAUCCAGAAGGUCCAGGGCGCUGACCCCCGCAAGCUCCAGGAGGUUGUCAAGAAGUUGGUGAAGGAGGUCGAGGGCGGAUCUGCGUCUGGAUCUGGCGAGGGUUCUGGCAGCUCGAGCGGCGGCAGCUGGAGAGGCGCUGCGCUCCCGCGUGGCUACACCGACAUCACCGAUCAGAUUGAGCCCAAGGGCUGCGAGCUUCUGAAUGCCGACGAGGACUUUGGUCCCGUCCGUGUCUUGUUCGAUACCUCUAAGCCCAGCGCGCUGGCCAAGAAGGAGGGAGCCAAGGACUGGGUUGAGAGUGGCGCUGACGAUCAGCUUCUGCUGUUCAUGCCGUUCCAGUCCAUGCUGAAGCUGCACACCCUUCAGCUGACCUCUCUUCCUCCUACCGACGACGACGACGAUGAGGCUCCGAUGCGUCCCGGCACCAUCCACCUCUACACGAACAAGCCCCAUAACCUCGACUUCAGCGAGGCCGACGAUACACCUCCUACGCAAGCCAUCACUCUCACCGAGAAGGACUGGAACGCCGACGGCACUGCCAACAUUGGUCUUCGGUUCGUCAAGUUCCAGAACAUCAACAGCUUGAUCAUCUACGUCACCAAGGGCGACGGCGACGGCGAGAAAGUGCGCCUUGACAGAGUGCGCCUCAUCGGCGAGUCGGGUGAGAAAAGAGAGAUGGGCAAGCUGGAAAAGAUUGGCGAUGAGGCCGGCGAGUAG